AUGGCGUCCUACUGCACUGCUGGAUUUCUAACAAGAUCAGGACUGGGAGGUGCCCUUCGACGGGUCCGCAGUUUGGAGCCGUGUGGUCCCGCGAGGGUGCUGCUAUCCCACCCACGCCGCCGCUUUUUCUGGAGGAAGUGGACCAAAUCCCACUCGCAGAAUGUCGUUCGCCCAGCGACUGUUCAACCUGCCUAUCCCGUACCCAAGCACAUUGAGCGGCCUGAUUACGUCGGCACUGGACUGAUCCCGGAAUGGCCUGACUUUAUCGAAAUAAAAAACACGGAGCAAAUCGAAAGCCUCGCCAGAGCAUGUCAACUCGCUCGACAUGUGCUGCUAUUGGCUGGCCAAAGCCUGAAAGUGGGUAUGACAACAGAUGAAAUAGACUUCAUUGUACAUCAGGAGACAAUCCAGCAUAAUGCCUACCCUUCCCCUCUUAGAUAUGGAGGUUUCCCAAAAUCGGUUUGCACUUCAGUCAACAACGUGGUGUGUCAUGGCAUACCUGACAGUCGGCCACUUCGAGACGGUGACAUCAUCAACAUCGAUGUCACUGUGUAUUUGGACGGUUACCACGGCGAUACGUCGGAAACCUUCCUGGUUGGUGAGGUGGACGAGGUUGGGCGGCGACUGGUGGAAACGGCAAGACGUUGCAGGGAUGAGGCUAUUGCGGCUUGCAAACCGGGUGCGCAGCUCUGCGUUAUUGGUAACACUAUAAGUGAAAUCGCUCAUGCUAAUGGAUUCCAAGUAUGUCCUUAUUUCAUCGGCCAUGGAAUUGGCUCCUACUUUCAUUGCCAUCCCGAGAUUUGGCAUCAUGCAAAUGACAAUGACAUGACCAUGGAUGAAGGAAUGACUUUCACAAUAGAACCUAUACUGAUGGAGGGCUCUGCAGAGUUUAAAAUCCUGAAAGAUAAAUGGACAGCGGUGUCCGCAGACGAUAAGAGAUCGGCUCAGUUUGAGCACACGGUCGUUAUCACUUCAGACGGAGUGGAAAUUCUUACCAAACUGCCAGAAGAGGUCACUCAUUAA